GUCCGAAAGAACCGAAAAGUAGGAGAACACUUUGGGACAAAUUUGAAGAUCCAAUGGAAGGUACAAAAUCCGACGCCGGUAUUAAGGCAUUGAGAACAUGGCGAGAAUUGCCGCCGACACACUACAUGGUAAAAAUCAAGUCAUUCUUGUCACUUGUCAAAAGCCUUGAAAAAAGGGAACACAAGAAUUAUAUAUCAGAUGAGUUCGAAGCUAGUGGCUUUAAGUGGCAUUUACUACUAUACCCCGGUGUCGAGAAAGAAAAAGAAAAUCCACAGGUCUCUCUCAGCUUGGAAUUUGUGAGCCCUAAAAAAUUGGAUAAGGAGAUUAAAGCUGUUGUGAUCUUUUUCCUACAUGAUCAAGUUAACAACAGAUAUCUGAGCAUUCAAGAUACCGACACGAAGCGAUUUAGUGGGAAGAAGAAGGAAUCUGAACUUUCUCCGAUAGUUCCUCUGGAAUGCUUCGAAAACCCUUUGAACGGAUAUCUGGUGGACGACAAAUGUGCGUUUGGAGUGGAGGUUUUUGUUUUGGAAGACGACGGAAAAACUAGGGCGUCUUUCCGAACCCUAAUAGAAGAAAGCAAGAAAGUCAUAUUGGAUGUGUGUGUGAAAAAGUUUAUUUCGGAGAAAACAAGAGGCGUAUAUUCAAAACCAUUCACUCUUGGACCUAAUCCGGAAGAAGCCUACAAAUGGAGAUUACAUCUAUCCAAAGGAAUUGAUGAAAAGAAAGACAGAUACAUGUCUAUUUACAUAUGCUUACUACAAAUGGAAAACCAAACCGAAUUUCCUUUGGGAUGGAAAAUGCACCUUGAAUUCAGGCUUUCUCUAACCUACCCCAAUUCCAACACAAUAUCACAACAAGGUAAAGCUUGGUUUAGUGUAGAAGAGAAAGCAUGGGGCUUUCCCAAGUUUAUAAAAUUGGAUGCUUUAAGAGACUGUGAUGGUGUGGAAAUUGAAGCAGAGUUUAUUAAAAUGUCAAUGGAAAGAAUUGAGCAAAAGCCAAAGCCAAAGGAAGAAAGUAGUCCCUCAAAUAAGCCAAAGUAAUAUCAUAUAAAGAGGAUAUUUAUAUGCCUUAAUAUUUGGCAGAAAAAAAAGGAAGAGAGUGGAUUUUAAGUUAGAAGAUAUGUUGAUUUAAUUUUAAAACAGAUUUUAUUUCAAUAUUCAAUUACCAAAUUAAUUAUUUUU